UUCAGCCUAAUACUGGCUUCUAGAAGUUUGGCCCGUUACAAACUGGUACGUAUUCGAAUUUUGAAUCUUCGAAAUCAACAGCCAGUUCUCCGCCGCCUCCUUCCCCCGGCGCCUCACCAUGCGGGCCCGCUUCCUCGCCACCGACUACUUCGCGCCGUCGCCGUCGGCUGCUGCCGCCUUCGACCAGGCCCUAGCCCUAGCGUCCUUGCCCUUCCCCUCCCUCCCCGUCCCGAACCUUCCUCCCGAUCACCACCUCCCCGCCCCAUUCCCCUUCCCCGCCGAUUUCCUCCCCGCCGCGAGCGUCGCCGGCGAUGAUCUCGACUCGCUCCCCGUCGCCACCGCGCUCUCCGAGUUCCUCGCUGCCAUCAUCCCGCGGCCCCUGCCUGUGCCGCAUAUCCCCGCCGCCGACGAGGGACUGGAUGAUUACCUCUACGACAGGGGCGGGAAUGGCAAGGGUUUUAGCUCGACGGAGCAUGUUGCACUCGACAUCCCUAAGGGAUUGAAUGAGAUCUGCUGCGAGAAAAGUGAGAAGGAAGAGGGGUCCGGUUCGGAGGCCUCCGAUAUUACGAAGCGAUGGGAGCUGUUGAAGGAGCUAAGGUUUGAGGUUAUAGAGGUCGAUAUCCUGCCGGUUUUGCAGAGCAAAAUUGCAUCACUUGGUGGUGAAGAAUCGGAUGGUGGUGUCACCUUAUCGUUUGGUGUCCCAGAUGUGAAAAUCCAUCUGGAUUUUAUUGAUAUUGACACUGAGACAACAAUAACAUAUCCAGCUGAACUUACAGAGUCAAUUUAUCAAGUAGAAAAAAUCCCUGUAAAACAUGACGAUGAUGAGGACUGUUCUUAUGCAAGAGAUGGCUACUGCUUGGAAAUUGCAGGAUUAGAUCCUGGUAUAAUAAUACCUCAACUGGAGGUUAGUAGGAAUUCUUGGGAGCUUGAUGAAUGUCCAACUAAGGCAGCGAUAUCCAAUAUUUUUCUUAAUAUUAUCGAACACUUAAAUGAUGGAGCACAAGUUCAUCAUCCAGCAUUUGACUCAACUGAGUUCUUGAAAUCAUGCGAUAUGGACAUGUUGGCCUUUGUUUGCGAGGAUGUCCCACGUGUGGACUAUCGAGCAGAUAAACCAAUAACAGCGAAGGCUGUAGCAGAAAUGGAUCUUGUGAGGAUCAAUGAUAAUAUUCUAGUCGAGAAAAAGUCAGCAUUAUACCCUCUGAAGCCUGAUGGGACCUGUUCACGCUUGCCUUGCUCCAUUCUUUUGGAGGAGGUAGAGAUCAUUGAUGAUCCUUCUGAUGAUGUCUUCAAGAUGCUUGUUCAGUCAGACAAAGCUGAGAUGAAUACAUCUGAUGAAAUAUUCAAAGAUGAUUUUAAUCCAGCAAGACGUUUCUAUGAAUCAGUGGUUAGCUCUGAGUUGGCUUUAGUUGAUGAUACAUUCAAAUCACUACCUACGCCUAUUCUAACUGAUGAUAAAGCAAUGAGAUCUUUGCUACCCCCUAUAGAAGAAGUACUAUGCUCCCUGAAACCACUUCCUCUAUCGGCAGCAGAUGAAAUUUAUUUGGAUUGGCAUCUUAUAUCGGAAGGGCCAUGCAACCGGGAGAUCUGCUCUACUUAUGCGAGCAUGGUUGAGGAGGUUAAACCUUGCAGUUUAAGUUCUGAGCUUCAAAUUAGUUCUCAGCAGAUAUCAGCGCUUGACAUUGAUUUUCUGGAGGAUUUUCAGAGAAGUGCAAAGCUUCAACAUGAGGACAAGCAGAAUGAGCUUAAUGUUCCUGUGCCUAUAUUUCAUGAUACACCAGCUAAUUUGAAAGCAGCUCAGAAGCACAGGCAGGAAAGUGAUAGUAGAGGUCAUAGCCACAGGGGGAAACCGAGUUCAGAGAAGGCAUCUUCCUUGUUUGAGUCAGUGUCACAGUCGAAUGACCUAAACUUCUACUUGAAUGUUAGGAACGGCAAUAAUAAAGUAAAAACUAACAAGAAUGUUGCUACUUUAGACAUCCCCUCUUCAAAACAGCAAGCAGUUCCUUUUUCAACCAGACCUAAAGUUGAGAAACUCAUAGAAAUUCAUCCUGUCGGCCUCUCAGAUCUUAUCCGAGGCCUUAUCAAAGACAUCCAUCUAAGCUAUACGUCUGCUUUUCGAGAAAGCGUAUAUUUCAGACAUUCUUUCUCAGAUGGGCAAGAUUUAAGCAUUUCGAAACAGAAACUUCUUGAACUGAUAACUGGAGAAGGUUCAGAAGGCUUGCUUAAUCACUGUAAAAACGAAGAUAAGAUGGAGCUUAUUGUACUGUAUGCAUUGAAGCAGGUUGCAUAUUACCUAUGUUUCUUUGGUCUGCAUGCUGCCCAUCUGUACAUAGGCAAUUUGACUGGAAGCUUCGAAAAUAUUCCUGGGAGGUUAAGAAAUAUUCAAUGUUGCAUUGGUGACGCACGGUUGAAAGCUGAGAAGCAACUGUUUGAGUCCCAUCCGUCAUUGUCUGACAUCGAGACAAUCCUGAGAUCGAAUGCCCAAAUCGGCCAAAAGAUCCUUAUAGUUGCUGAUAGAGCUUUCUGGCUGCCAUUGGGUCAAAAGCUAACUUCCAUGAAGAUAACAUUUGUUGAGCUAGGAAAAUACCCUUCUGCAAUUUAUUCAGAUCCUGUGAGCAAGAGAAACUCUAAAACUUGGGUUCUGGAAGAAUUAUGGAAAUCAGAUUGCAUUCUGCUAGAUAACAAGAACAUUCCAGCUUCAUUCCCUUUCAGUGAGUUUGACAUCAUACUGGAAUACGGAUGUCCAAAUAAAUCAUCUACCUUGUUAUCUCUGGCUCCCAAAUUAGAUGGUUUGCCACCACUGCAUUUCCUGUAUGUCAAAGUGGAUGGUGAUGACUUUCCAGUCGCUCUUCUUGAGGACAACCACACAGACCAGGAUUUGAAAUCCACAUUGGAUGCUGUUUUGCAUACACUUCAGAAAGACUUGCAGGAGAAGAUGAACAAAAUGCGUAUUGUUGAUUCAUUAAACUUUAUACCGGCAACAAAUCAACUGCAACAUCUGGAGGAAAAGCUGAGCAAACAUCUCACUGCUGAUUCAUCAAAAAAAAUUCAUGUAGAUGGUCAACUGCACGAUCAAGGAAAUCUGGAUGAAAAGAAUAUUGUUGAUUCACAUAACUUUGUGCCUGCAGCUGAACAGCUCAAUACUUCGAACCAAAUAACCUUAGUCAAUUCACAAAUCUUUGUGCCUGCAGUUGAGAAGAGUAGUUCUACUUCUUCUGUAUCUGCCAAUGUUAUGAUAUUCCCCCAAGACAACCAAUCUGAUAGUGACUUCCCCCUCAAUGCGAAAAUUGACAGCACCAAGUCAGGAAUAUUGUCUGCUGAUGAGGUAGUGAUUGUUGUAAAUACUAGAAAUCAUGGAAAGAAUAUGAUAUUCUCCCGAAGAUCAUCUUAUCAGCAGAUACUAGGUUUGGAGAAAGGAGGAAUGCAGGUUGUAGAGCGAGAUGUUGAUCUGCCUGUGGACCUAAUACUUAGCGCUGCAGUUUGUUUACUAUGGUAUGAUACCAGAACCUUAGGGUACAGUGAAUUAACAAUAUCAGAGGAAACAUCUGGUAUAACAAAUUUUAUAGAGGAUAUUGCUACCAACAUUCUGAUGUCACUUAGCUUCCCUUUCAGUGGCUGCAUAAUGGUCUUUGAGGGAGAAAACCACUUCCUUUCUGCUGUAAUGGAGGCAUCUUAUUCUCUAUAUGCUUCAGCUGCUAGUCUGGACAUGAACUUGCAGCUAUUCUUCUCACAAAUGCCCAAAUCAACAGAUCAAAUCAUUCUCAAUUGUAUCAGGAAUGCAGCUAGGAUUAAUCAAGCUCCUUCUCCAGAUAUAUCUGAAUCAGAAAGCCUGGCUGAAUCCUUUCUCAUGGCAUUCCCUUCAAUUAAUCCUCUGUCUGCACACAUGAUACUUUCUUCUAGCACUAUUGUGGAUUUCCUCAGUUGGUCACAUGAGCAACGCACUCAGGCUAUUGAAAAGUAUCUUUUGCCUCCACAGAGCAUUUCUCUCUUCAGUGCUUUGUGCAAAUUUGGUGAGCUAGGUGAAUCAAGGUCCGUAAUGACUGAAUGCUCUUCUUUAGACUCAGAUAUCAGUAGUGCAUUGUUGCAGUCCCCGAAGAAAAAGAAAAAGCGUGCCAUGCAAGACUUUUCAGUAGCAGUUAAUGCUGUCUGCCCUAAUCCUCUUAUUCAGUUGUGUGAUUAUGUAGAACGUGACAAUGUAUUCUCACCGCCUAAGUUGAGGAAAUUCUCACACAUGGAGGAUGCAAUGCCCGAGCUCCCAGAAGUCUUUAUUGUCAAUCAAAGUUUGAAUAUGGGGAGUGAAGGUGUCUCUUAUCAGCCAAGAAAUCAUGAUAUAAAUGCAAUCUCUGGGAAUCAGAUGAUAGAUGAUGAUUUCAUCAAUGGGCUGACUCCAAAUCUGAGAACAUGCAAUGAAAGGACUAGUAGUAUGGUGGACACAUGCAAUUUUUCUUGGCAAUCUGAAUUAGGAGCUGAACAACCAAUCAAAAGCUCCUUUCCCAAAAGCAGACCAUCACUCUGCAGAACUUACAGUCAUCCAAUAUUUCCAACUGCAUUGGAGAUCAAUAACAACCCUGGUGACUGGGAUAUUUCAUGCGGUGCAAAUCAAACAUGGAAGGGUCAUAUACAUGGGGAUUUCGCCACAAGGUCUUGCAGAAACGAUCUGGGCGGCGGAUAUCAUGAAUCAAGAGAGCAAAUAAUGCAGAAUCCAGCAAGUUCACUUGCUUUUCUGAAACAGGAUUUUGGUUGUCACGGAACGUCACAAGGCUCAGGCUGGGAAAUUGAUUAUCUAAGACAAAUGAAUGAAAAGAGCAGAGCAUGCCGGGAGAGAUCUAGAUGCAAUGCUUCAGCAACAUUGUCAAAUUCAAGAAUGAGGGAUGGCUCAUCUAGAAUUCUGAGUGCUCCUCCUAUCGAAUCUUUCAGAUAUCAAAGAAAUGUAGACACUCCUUUGAGGAACCAGAGCCCUUCAAAUGGGGCUCACAGGUAUGGUCCUAUUGAAUCUUUAAGAUAUCAAAGAAAUAUAGACACUCCUUUGAGGGGUCAGAGCCCUUCAAAUGGGGCUCACAAGUAUGGGAAAGGCAGAGAAGGGACUAAAGCACAGAGCCAUAGGGUAAGAAAGGAUUUUAAGGUACAACCAAGUAUAAAUCAUGAAAAGAGCAUAGUGCCGUCCAUCGAGCCAACGUGGACUCCUGUUGACAAGAGAGCGAGACAGAAACUUUCAUUUGCAACUUAUGGGAAGGAAAAGCAAAGCAAGCUGGUCUGGAGACACCAAAGCAGCCCUGGUGUUGGAUGUGGCUCCCGGAAAAGAUACCGCGAAGAAGGUACAUAGAUUAUCAGGUCCACUAAAGCUCUAGGCAUCAAGAGCAUAUUGUUUUUGGGAGAAAAAGCACCCAUAACAUGAAGUUUUAAUAUUUUAAUUGCUAAAGAUAAUCCAUCAAAUAUGUUCUAACCAGAACUUACACCACCAUGAACCUUGUGGGAGAUAGAAUACAUUGGACAUUCUAUUGCCUGACAAUGUACAUAUUUUUUAGCACUCCUGGAUAUCAUUGAAUGUUGUUGCAUCAUUGUACAUAUUUUUUUAGCAAUCCUGGGUAUCAACCUUCGAAAUUGAUCUACCACUAGCAUCUUCCAUUUCUGGAGCUUUGCAUUAGCUAUUUCGUUUAUCAGGAAAUUUUAUUCAUACCACUAAACCAAGGGUAGUACCCAAUAAUACCAUAAAAAAUUUCCCCCUUCCAUUCAUACCACCACCCUUUCAAAUUUAUUUCAUCCAUACCACCAAAAUGUCAGCUUCUCCUUCACGGUGCCGUUCCUUAUUCUUCUUUUCCCCUAAUACCCUCCCAACCUGACUCGAUCUUCAAUGAGCUGACCCAUGCGACAACGAGGAGAGGAAGAAAUGAGUGCCGGGAGAAAAAGGGGCAAUAAAAACUGUCGCAGAUGAGGAAGCAGAGCUAGACAAGGUAGAGCGACGUCUAGAGGAGAUUAGCUAUUUCGAUUGCAUCUGUUUCCCCGAUUCCCAUUCUCAUUUAGCGAUUGCAUCAAUUUUCCCUCUCUUGCAAUCAAUCAACUCCAAUUCUGGUUUCCCCUUCUCAUUUAGCGAUUGCAUCAAUUUUCCUUCUUUAGCAUUGAUUCCUCUUCUAGAACAUGGCAUUCGUUAGACCAAAAGCACCCGUUUUUCAUCAGCCUAGGAGCAGCACAAGCAGCAGAAGACGAUGGAGGCCAUGGGCGGAACUGGGAACGUGCGGUGUAGGAAAAGGGACGCAAGCGGAGGACAAUAGGAGACAUACUCGAUCUCGGUGAACGGGU